AUGUCGAAUGCGACCCGCGUUAAGAACGAGAUCGUUGAUAUAUCGUUUUCCUAUUCUCCAUAUUGGAAUAAACAAUUGGGUGUUGAUGCGGAUAGCAUCAGAGUCGUCGUGGUACUGGCGGGUCGGUCUGCUAGCCGCUCCUGCAUUGCGGCGCGCAGUCGCACUCGCUCGCGCAUGACCUUGGCAUUGAACUUGGCAAUGGGCCGGCGCGGGCCGGGGUGUGCAGCGAGCUCCGCCCGCAGCCUGCUGAUGCACUACCCCCCUCUACCUUCCUUCCGCCUCGCUGAGAUCACCUCUGCUCUGCACUUCGACCAACCCUACGCUCCCUACAUUAUUUCAUAG